UAUGGUUCAUUCCUGUGCCUGUCAAAAGACAAUUUCGAAACAAUGCUUUUUGCCACGGUUGCCAAUCGAGACCCGAGGAACCUUCAGAAAGGUACAUUUGAUAUUCAGUUCAUUGAGGAACAAAAUAUUUUAGAUAUCGAGAAGCGCCAACAAGAAUACCAGAUGGUUGAGUCACCAGCUUUUUUUGAAGCCUGCCGUCAUGUACUUAAAGGACUCAAGGGAAUGAACGCAGACAACAUACCUUUCACAAAGUAUCUGGUUGAAUGUAGUGACAAGGUGGACCCACCGGAGUAUCUUGUACGAGGAGAUGGUCAAGAUCCUGUAUGUUAUGAUCUGAGCAAGGCCCUUGGUGUACGGAAUUCACCAACAUCGAAGAAGGUACCUGUUCUCAACCCUGAGGCUUGGCCAUCAGUAGACAUACUUCCUCUAAACGGGUCCCAGCUAGAAGCGUUAAGAACAGCACUAACAACUGAAUUUUCCGUGAUACAAGGCCCACCAGGAACUGGAAAGACCUACGUUGGAGCCAAAAUCGUGCGAUGCCUGCUCGAGAAUCGACAGCAGUGGGAUCCUGAAAACGUAUCACCAAUGCUAAUGGUUUGCUACACAAAUCACGCACUGGAUCAAUUUCUAGAGAAGGUGCUAGAGUUUCUCCCGAAGAGAGCGAUUAUUCGGGUAGGGGGAAGAAGCAAAAGUGAGAAAUUAGAAGACUGUAAUUUAAAGGUCUUCACCAAGAAGUACAGAAGAAAUUAUGCCCAUGGAUGCAAACUUGAGGAAAUGGAAGAGAAUCAACGAGAAAUGGACUCGGACAUUGAGCAUUGUGAGAAACUUCUUACCAAAGCAGACAAAGUACUUUUGGAAUUUCGAGAUUUAGAAGACGUAAUGACCUCACGACAUGCAGACCAACUUUAUGGAGCAAUCUUUCCACGUAACGCAACAAGCAACUGUCAAAACCCAACAAAUACUUUCAAAUUAUGGCUCUGUAACAACACCCAGAUGAAUGAUGCAAACCAACACGCGAGCACGUUAACGGAAAGCCACAAGGACGGAGCCCAGGAUGGAUCUGUUCUGCAAGAGGAUUAUGCAGACGAAGACGAUGACGUUCUUUACCAUGCUGCUGGAGAACGAUUUGAAGGAAACAGCAUUAGUCAUAUUUUACAGGACGAAGUAGUCAGUCUUGUUGAACAAUCCCUGCAAGAGAUGCCAAAGGAGAAUACAACAACAGAGGAUACAGAAACGGUUUCAGGCAAAAGUCCAUCAAGAAAUACAAAGGACACAAAUCAACUGGACGCAAACACUUCCUCUCUGAAUGGAUCUCCUAUGAGUUACCCCAGAAAUGUGGAAUGGGAGCCCUCAGUUAAUGAGGAUCUUCUGUCCAAUACCAAGAAUGGAGAGCAGUGCAAUAAUGAAGAGUUGCAGCAAUCACAGCAGGAUGACUUGCAAAUAACAGUUUCCAAGGAGAUUGAAGAACCUAUAGUUGCCAAACAGGUUGAAGAGGAAAGUCAAUUGCUAAAUGAAGACAACGAUGCCGUAUCAGAAAGUCUUAAAACCUCAGAGGGAAAAAGUAACGCGGAAGAAAUGAACCCACAUGACCCCAGUGAAGAGACCAUCACAGUGGAAGAUGAGGCGGCAUGGAUCCAGAGUCAGAGAUACAUAGAGGGUGAAGAAGAACACAGGUUAGUAAGGGUACAACAAUCGGAUAAAGGAAAACGCAAAGAAGAAAAUGAAGUAGAGGUAACUGAGAACAGUGCGGAAUGGAAAACAGUUAUCUACCAGAAAAAUCCCAAACCAUUCUUUUGGAGAAAAGAGGAAGGCGGAACCAUUAGAGACGACAUAAAAGGUCAGUUGGUUGAGGCUGAAGAUGGCCAAAGGGGGAUUACGGCCACCAAAAAACGCAAAAAGAAAAAGAAGAAGACAGAGAACAAGAUCAAUAUGACUGCAAACAUUGUUAACAUAAGAAGGCAGCUGCAACAGGAAGCGAUAAUGCCCAGUGACGAGGCACUUGCAGUGGAAAAUAUUUGGUGUUUAUCAGCAAAAGAUCGCCUCCGAUUGUACCUUUACUGGAUUGAAUGCUACCGCGAACGCCAAAGAAUAGAAAUUCAACGAUGUAAGCAACGUUAUGAACAGAAACAUAAAGAGCUUUGUGUUGAAUUGGAAGAGAUUAAAGCCCAAGACGAGGAAGAGGUCAUACGCCGCGCAACGGUCGUUGGAAUGACAACCAGCGUUGCUGCCAGAUACCACACCAUGCUUCAGAGAAUAUCCCCCAAAAUCGUCAUCAUAGAGGAGGCAGCUGAGGUUCUGGAAGCCCAUAUCAUCACUUCUCUUUCACGAAACACAAAACAUACAAUUCUCAUUGGAGACCAUAAGCAGCUUCGCCCAAAGGCAACAGUUUACGAAUUGGCCCAGAAAUACAAUCUGGAGAUCUCGCUGUUCGAGCGAAUGGUGUUAAACAGUAUGGACUGCAAGCGCCUCUGCAUUCAGCACCGUAUGCGUCCUGAGAUUGCUGCCCUGACUAAAAGAAUUUACGAACAUGAGAUCGUGGACCAUGAGUCCGUGUGCGCGUUUGAGGACAUCUCCGGACUAAGGCACAAUAUGUUCUUUAUUGACCACAACCAACCUGAAGUUCCAGUUCGUGGUUUGCAAAGUUUCUCCAAUCCUCACGAGGCUGGAUUCCUAGUGGCUCUCUGCCGUUACUUGUUACUGCAAGGUUAUAAGCGAGAGCAAAUCACAAUUCUCACCAUGUACACGGGCCAGCUGUUGGAGCUCCAGAGCAGAAUGCCGAGACGUGAGUUCGAGGGGAUUAAAGUGUGUGUUGUCGACAACUUUCAGGGCGAAGAAAACGACAUCAUCCUCCUCUCGUUGGUACGAAGCUCGAAAAUAGGAUUCUUGAAGGAGUCAAACAGAAUAUGCGUUGCAUUGUCAAGAGCUCGUCAAGGAUUUUAUUGCAUUGGAAACUUUUCCCUCCUCAAAAGCCAGUGCAUACUAUGGAAGGAGAUUUGCGAUGAUUUAGAAACGAAGAACGCAAUCGGUCAAAUCCUAACACUGGUUUGCAAGAGGCACAGCAAUGUCAACCAAGCAAGAGAUUGGCGUGACAUCCAAAAGUUUCCCCUUGGUGGUUGUGAAAAAGUCUGUGGAGUGCGUCUUGACUGCGGUCAUGCUUGCGACAGGGCCUGUCAUCCUACAGAUGAUUUUCAUUUACCUGGUCGAUGCCCCAAAGUGUGCUGGAAAAGUUGCGCCAAUGACCAUCAGUGCCAAAAACGUUGUCAUUAUCCGGAUGGCUGUUUCUGUGCACGUCCUAUGGUGAAGAUUAUUCCUCGAUGCGGUCACGAGCAAACAGUGCAGUGCUGUAUUGAACCUGAAGAUUUUACAUGUCAAGUCAAAUGCGAGAAAUCUCUCAAAUGUGGGCACAGAUGUAAAAACAUAUGUGGUAGAGCAUGCACAAUGCGUUGCUAUGUUGAAUGUAAUAAAACUCUUCCAUGUGGACAUGAAACGAUUAUGCCGUGUUUCAAAGAUCCCAUAAUCUACAACCAGUGCUACAGCAACUGUGACAAAAUCCUGGAUUGUGGCCACCCUUGUUCCAAGAAAUGCAAGGACCGAUGUCGCUGCAACACUACAAUUGAGGUCAAGCUGCCAUGCAGUCAUGGAGUAUUCGUUUUGUGUCCUGAAAAGAGCUAUCCACCCCCUUGCUUUAAGAAAUGCACUAGAAAGUUGCUUGCCUGUGGACACGAGUGUCCUGGUCUGUGUUAUGAAGAAUGUAGCAGUUACCGGUGCGAAAUUUUGGUUGAAAAGCUUCUUCCAUGUGAUCACAAACAAAUCCUUCCAUGCCACUUUGACCCACGCUACAUCAGCUGUCACGAAAUGUGUCAAAGGAAAUGUAACCGAGGCCAUCCCUGUCAACAACGGUGCCACUUUGGUUUUCCAUGUAAAGAUUGCCAAGUGAUGGUUAACAUGACAAUUCCCUCAUGUAACCACAAUAUUGAGAUGCCCUGUCACUUGGACCCAACUGCACUAGUUUGUAAAAAGCCAUGCGAACGAGUUAGAACCUGUGGACAUCCUUGUCGAGACGUCUGUGGGAAGAACUGUGAAGCACGACCAUGUAUGAAAUUGGUACCGAGAACAUUACCUUGUGGACAUACAGUAACUCUAGCCUGUAACAAAAGUCUUCAAACGUACAAAUGCAAGGUAAAAGUUGUGGUCGAUCUAUCAUGUGGACACAAGAAGGCAAUGGACUGCUGUGUUGAAGAAGCUGGCCUACAGAACGUGAAAUGCAAUGAGAAAGUAGAUAAAGAACUGCCUUGCAAGCACAAAGCCAUCCUUCAGUGUCACACAAAUCCUGAAGAGUACAAGUGC